AUGAUUACCAAUAGGUAUCUAGAAGAUAUAAGACGAACGUCAUCACUAAUAUCAUGGUCCAAAAAUGGUUAUAUAGUAUACGCACCACCAACAAAGACAUCAGAACAUAAUUUAUUAUUAACUUAUCUCGAAAAUAUUAAUGGACAUUCAUGGCAAUUAGCAAAACCACAAUUAAUAGAUGUUAAACUAGAGAAUAACUUUCUACCUGAGAUAUCAUUAGUAUCAUGGAGUACCUUAAGUACAGAUUUAGCAGUAUCUGAUGUAUAUGGAAAUUUUUAUAUAUUUUUAGCAGGUGUUGGAUUAUUAGAAAGUAAAGAUUCUUCACCAAGUUAUGAAUUAACUUCAUAUAAUCAUAUGGAAAUGAUAUAUAGAGAUAUUAUAAAUCAAGAUAUAAAAUCAAAUAUUAAUCCUGGAGCAUCAAUUAUAUCUUUUAAAUGGUUAAAUAUUGAAAAACCACAAAUACUAAAUAAACCUGCAACUUUAGUUAAUUUAGAUCAAUCUUAUUUAUAUACUUAUGGAGUCAAUCAAUUUGCAUCGAAUUCUAUAUCACAUCCUAUACCUACUAAACAAGCUUGUAUUGCAUUAAGAAGAAAUGGAAUAUUGAUGUUAUAUUAUCAAGGUGAACAUAAAGUUGAAUAUCAUAAGAUAUCUAUAAAUUUAGGAGAAAACUUAUUAAUUAAUAAAGCAUCAAUUGGAUUUACUAAUGAAAAACAAAUUAUAAUAACGGUAUGGGAUUCUUUGAGUGAUGAUAUAAUAACUUUUUCAUUAGUAAUAGAUUGGGGAUUUUUAGUAGAAUCAGCAAAAAGACAAAAAAUGGAUCCUCAUUAUCAUACACCAAAAGAAAAUCAAACAUUACCUUCAUUAUCAUUAACCAAAAUACAUCAAAUGAAACCAUUGCCUCAAUUCCCGGGAGGAGAAUUAUCAAUGCCAUUAUCUUCAAUAGAUAUUAUUACUGCAUCAAUUGAAAAAGAAUCAAAAUUAAGUAUACUAAUAAGUUAUGGAGAACUGAUGAUAUAUAGAUAUGAGGUAGUAAAUGUAAAUGAUAUCAUAUCAGAUGCAUUUAAGAAUUCAAUUAUUCAACAACAACAACAACAAAAACCACUACAGACUAUACAAUUAAUGGACACAAUCAAAAGAUGUGGUAAAAUACAAUCAAUAGUUAGUGGUCCAUCUGAUUUACAUUCUUUAAUACUAUAUGAAGAUGGACAUAUCGAUUUAAUAGACACAAAAACAUGGAAGAUAGUAGGUGAUGAUGAUCAAUUCCCACCGAACAAUAUAUCAACAAUAUUUGAUGUAGGUUUUGAAUUUCCAAAACUAGAAUCAAAAACAAAUCAUCUAAUACUAGCAGUUUCACCAAAUAUGACAUCAAUUGUAUAUACAGACAUAUAUAGUGAUAAUAAUUACCUUACCAUCAAACCAGUUGAAAAAAUCAAAAAUGCAGGUUUUCAACCAAAAGAAUUAUUUGCAACAUCAGUUGCUUUUGCAUAUAGACAUGCGUAUGCCUGUUAUACAAACACAUGUUCAGAUGAUUUAAUAAUAUUAAUUCAAUCAGAAGUACAACGACUUAAAGAUUUAUUAUUAAAACAAAUGCCUAAAAAUUUAGAAAAUAUAGAUUUAAUAUUAAAAAAAUUUGUUGAAUCAAUAAUAAGUGAAGCUCAUAAAUCUAUAAAUUUUCAAUUAGAUGCAUUUAGUAAAGAAUCAGUAGAUAAAUUAUUAUCAAAUCCUCCAUUACAAAAAUUAUUAUCAUUACAAUUAAUUUUAGGUGAAUCUCAAAAUAAUUCAAUAAUGACUGAUAUAGCAUGGAUAAUUUUAAAUUUAAGAAGUACAAAUUUUGGUAUAAUGUUUUCAUUAUCAAGUAUAUAUAGACAAAUAUCUAAAAAGAAACCAAGUGAAGAUACUUUACAAGAUUCAAUUACAAGAGGUGAAUGUAUAUUAUCAUUAAUUGGAAAUAUUAAAUGGUUAAUUGAUUUAAUGGCUUUUUUAAAUCAAGAAUUAUUACAAUUAACAUAUUCUAAAAAUAAUCCACAAAAAAAGAAUUCAUCAAUUGUAUUACCUAUUUUAUUAAGUAAAGUUCCAAGAUUAUUUUUAAUGUAUGCCAUAUCAUCAAUGAGUAAAACUCAUGAAAUUUUAAAAAAAUUACAUAAAGAUUUAUCAGAAAGUAAUAAAUUAUUUUCUCCAAUGAAAGAAUCACUUAAUAGAUAUUUUACAAUAUGUAAUAAUGCACCAUUAAAUUUAAAUUUAUUUGAAACUUAUUUAAGAGAAUGUGAUGCAUUAAUUUCAAAAGAAUUUGCAACUAGAUUAGCAACUAAAGAAAAAGGUUUUUCAUUAAAAUUAGAACAAAAAUUUGUUUGUCAUGGAGAAAUAAUUGAUGAUGUAAAAGAUAUUGCCAAGAUGUUAAUUGAUAGAUAUUCAAUGAAUAUAACAAGAGAAAUGAAAUUAUCGGAAUUAUAUUUUUAUAAUACAGAUUGGUUAGAUAUUGGUCAAAAAAAGAAAAACUCAAUAAUGAAAGAAAAUUCAUCUAUAAUAGUAAUUGAUCAAGAGCAUUCCAAACAAGUAAUACAAAGACUCAAGACAGAAGAAGGAUUAGUUGAUGCAUUAAGAAAAGUAUAUAUUUAUGAUGAUAAGAUAAGAAGAUGUACUAGAUGUAGAUCUAUUUCAUUGGUUACUGAUCCAUUAGUAUUUGAUGCCCCCGUAACUAUUGGUUUAUGGACAAUGGUAUUUCAAAGAACUUGUAUAUGUGGUAAUACUUGGGUAAAUAUCAAAUAA